AUGCAAGGGUCUACCACGAACAAUGCCGCAGCGGUGACAAUGAAUGAUCUAUUGGCUGCAACGCAGAAUCUCGCUACCAUUGACAAGGCUCUUGGGGACAUUCGGCGCCUCCUGGAAGCCAAAGCAUCCUUGGAAGCGGAUGUCCAGGCCCUCAAACUGGAAAAGGCAAGGCUCGCCCAAGAGGUCUCGGCGUUGCGGAACGAGCAAAUAGACGCAAGUUCGGUGAGGGCCAGCAGCUUGCCGGAUCUGCACUUCGACUACGACGAUGACAGUUCCAGCAGCGACGACAGCGAAGAAGAGCUGACCCAUAGUGAACGCAAAGCCAAAGCUCCGGAGCGCUUUGUUUGCCCACUUACAUUGGAGAUCAUGAAUCAUCCCAUGCUGCAAAAGGGCACCAAGAACAACUACGAACGCGGUGCCAUCUUGGAAUGGAUCUACUUUGGCAAAGCCACCUGCCCCUUGACGCGCAGAAAGCUACAUCCUGGCGACUUUGUCUUGAACGAACCUCUUCAACGUGAAAUUGAACAGUGGAGGGAGAAGUAUGACAUGCAGGACGAAUCUGCGCAGGAAGAAGAUAUGGAUUCUUCUGAGCUCGUGCCCACUCUCACGCCGGAAGAGGAACAACGUAAUCAGAAACGAUUGUCUUUGGUCCAGACCAAACGAAACGGAUCCACCAAGAACUUGAUGGGCCUACGGGAACGCAUCCUUCGAAAGCGUGACGCUCGUGUCGAACGUCGCAUGUCUCAACGCUAG